AUGCGUUUCUUUGCUCGCACACAGUCAGUUUAUUACGGUGGACGACCAAUAUCCCGGCAUUCCAACAACACUAGUAAGAGAACAACAUACACUCAUAAUAAUAAUAAUAAUAAUAAUAAUAAUAAUAAUAAUAAUAAUAAUAAUAAUAAUAAUAAUAAUAAUAAUAAUAAUAAUAACAAUGGCUCUACUUCGAAUAGACAACGACAAGAACAAUUACGAUAUCAGACAUUAGGUGAUUAUCUCCAACGUUUACCGCGUGGUAUUCGUGAUAUCCUGUUAUGGUCCCCCGCUAUCGCUACUGCAUACUUUGUGCUCUACAAACAACCCGUCUAUUAUCUCACUUCUCAUAGGCGGAGAUUAUUAAGUCGUCCCACCGAUACAAGUGUGAAUAAUAAUAAUAAUAAUAAUACUCCUGCAGUUCAUUCACCGAAUGUGAAGGAGAGAGAUGAGAAAACACAUCUGGUCUCCAUUCAACUGGAUGAUACAGCAGGAACGGUGGUGAAUGGAGUCUUACCUAAAGUAUUAGAUAAUACUACUAAUAAUAGUAAUAAUACUCGGGAUAGUGAUAAGAGAUCAUAUGUAGAUAAUAUAAACACAGUGGCCUCCUUAUCGCCAUUGAUACCACCGUUCAGUACAGGUGCGAUCUCUCAGGCACCGUCAACUCUGCGGAUUCUGCGGGAUGUGCAGACGGGCAAAGUUGUUGGAUACACCGCCGUAUGA